AUGCCUGAUGAUUUGGAAAAAUACUUGGACCCUGAGUUUGAUCCUCAUGACCUACGGGUGCUUGAUUUGAGACAGUUGCUCAAAGAAUAUGAUGUUUCAUACACACACAAGGCCAAAAAGGCACAGCUUGUGACAAUAUUCCGGGAAGAGGUUCUUCCCAAGAUGGAUGCGAAACAGAAGUUAGCAAAGAGAAAGACCAAAACAAACAAUAUAGAACGCUCUUCAAGAAAAUCAACCCACAGAAGUCAGCCGAGAAAGCUGCAUCCAUCUCCAAAGCAACAACAUGGUUCUCAAUCGCCAAGUAAAGAGUCGAGGAAAAGAUUACAGCAACUACUAGAGAGUCAGAGAAGUCCUUCAAAGAUAAGACAACAUUUAGAGAUCAAGAAUAACCCCUUGAAAAGCGUGAUGCAAAAAACGAUUCCAUCCAAGAGAUCGCUAAAGACAAGCGGAGAUGAUGAAUAUGACGGGAAGACCUCUGUUUAUGAAGGGUACUCCAGGAUAUUAAAAAAGCCUACAAAUAGGAAAAACGAUUUCUCCUCAUCUCCAUCGGCUUCAUCUCCGAGAAAUGAUACGCUUUUUCCCAGAGAUAAGAGAAUUAAGUUCGAAAAGACACCAGAGGAGAAAGAUGAAAAGACGAUACCAACUCGAACAAAGAGCAGAAGUCUAGUUACAGAUUCAAAGUUCAAGCCAAAAAAGCUUACUUUUGAAGAAGAUGAUUUAGCUGACAUCACCCCUCACAGAGACCAUUCAUUAUCUGAUUCAUCGAGAAGUAGCGUAGUUUAUCGUCCCAACGUAUCGCCAUCAUCUUCCAGUGUUGGAUACAUUACAGCAAUCAAUGAAUUACCAGAGAAGCACAUUUCUUCUUCGCCGGUGGUGCCUUUCAUUCCACUGCUUCCAUCAUCAACGCCCAUGCAUCCUAGAACGAAAGUGGUUUCAAGAAAGAUGGGAUCUCAUAAUGAUGUUUCAACAAAAUUAUUAAAAGAAGCAAGAAAUGGUGAAUAUAAGGUAAUCAGUGGGCCGAGAACCAUUCUUAAAGACGUCGCUAGUGGUGAUGAUGAUUCCUCUUCGCUUCGUGAAAGAAUCCAUACUCCGGAGAUUAGCUCAUCUGAAGAAGAAGAUGAGACUAUGUUGAAGCAACUUCAAGCAGAGUUUGAUUCCGAAACCUCAAGAGUAGAGGAGGAAUCGAAGAAAGUGAUGAAAUCAAUUGAUCAUAAUAAACAUGUCUCGUUUGCGUUUAAUAGAACCGUUUACAAGCUCAUCUCUUACUUGUUGGUUGUACUUCUAAGUUUCAUGGCUUUUACAGUCUACAGAGAAGAGAGAAUAGCGGUUGGAUUCUGUGGACACUCGAAUUAUCGGCCAAUUUUUCAUGUUGAUUUAAAGGCCCACCCAUUACUAGCGGAAUAUGUGAAUGCCGUGGAGGAGGCACUCAAAUUGGAAUGUAUUCCGUGCCCAGAACAUGGGAUAUGCUUUGAUAACUCCGAAUUACACUGCAAAAAUGAUUAUACAGUGCAGAAGCCUUGGUAUUCGCUAUUUGGGUUGAUUCCUUGCUUUGACAAGUGUGUCUUGGAUUCCGAAAAGGUUGCCAAGAUUGAUAGAAUAGUGAAAAGUGCAUGCGAUGCCUUAGCUAAGCGAAACGCAAAUUUGAGAUGCGGCACAGGAAGCAACGAAGAGGUGGGCUUGAGUUUUGAGUCGUUACAACAUUAUCUCGUAGAAAAACUAGCGCUAGAAACAGAGGUACAGAGUGGAGAAUUCGAAUAUCUUUGGAACAAGUCGUUGGCAAUACUAAAGGAGAAGCCGGAACUUGCAUUUAAUAAUGAUGACACAUUUGUUCGCUCAAACUCACUAGCCAAACUCACGAUCAAGUGCAAAUUGAAGAGAGUUUUUGUGGAUAUGCUACUCAGGCUAAGAUACUGGCUUUUAGGUAUUGUCGCAGUAAGUGCAAUUGUGGGAUACAUUUAUUUGAGGAUCUCGUGGUUUCAACAGGAAAGAAAACUAGUUAAGGAGUUGACUAGUAAAACCCUGAACAGGCUACAAGAACAGGCCACGGCCUACAGACACGAAGAGGUUAAGCAUAAAUACAUCGGCAAAAUCCAACUAAGAGAUUAUUACUUGAGUGAUCCAUCCAUCAAUCAGAAGAAGAGGUUGGAAAUCUGGGAAAAGGUAGCUAAGGUGGUGGAAAAGAAUAGUAAUGUCAACGCUUAUUCUCUUGAGGUUAACGGAGAGAUCAUGAAGGCGUGGGAAUGGGCCUCUGAUAUAUAA